GGCGUCCUCCUGGCCGCGAUGCUGGUGGCCGCGGCCGCCGAGCGCAACAAGGAGCCCAUCCUGCGCGUGCUGCUGCAGUACGUGGACCCGGCCCAGCGCGGGCUGCGUGUGCUCGAGGUGGGCUCGGGCUCCGGCCAACACACCGCCCACUUCGCGCGGGCCUUUCCCCACGCCGAGUGGCAGCCGUCAGAUGUGGACCAGCGCUGCCUGGACAGCAUCGCGGCCACCACGCAGGCGCAGGGGCUGUCCAACGUGAAGGCUCCGCUGUACCUGGACGUGACCUGGGACUGGCAGCGCUGGGGCGGCCUCGGGCCACAGUCACUGGAUCUGCUGCUGUGCAUCAACAUGGCACACAUCAGCCCGCUGCGCUGCACACAGGGCCUCUUCCGGGCCGCCGGCCACCUGCUCAAGCCCCAGGCUCUGCUCAUCACCUACGGGCCCUUUGCUGUCAAUGGCAAGAUCUCCCCUCAGAGCAACGUGGACUUUGACCUGACACUGAGAUGCAGGAACCCGGAGUGGGGGCUGCGGGACACGGCCCUCCUGGAGGACCUGGGCCAGGCCAGCGGCCUUCUCCUGGAGAAGAUGGUGGACAUGCCGGCCAACAACAAGUGCCUCAUCUUCCGGAAAGAGGAACCGCUCUCGGGGCCCCGUGUCCCUGUUUUAGGUUCUGUGGGGGCCACAUGUGGCGCCCAGGCCUCAGGGAUCCCCAGCUCUCCCUAGCCUGGCCUGCGGGCUCGCCUCUGCCUCACAAUAAAGUGUUUCUGGCUGCUGCCCA